CAUAGAAGGAACUAGAAAUAUUGGAAAAAAUGAAAAAUUGAAAAAAAAAUACAAAACAACCGUAAACGCCAAGUACAUCAUAUGUUAGGCCGAUUUUUAGAAAAUUUCUAGAAGUACUGUUAUGUAUUAACCAUGUGCCCCUCCCCUUGAUCGACAUCAACUUCUCCACAUUCUACUAAUAUGCUACUGGGACAGUUUUGCUCCUAAGUGUAUUUCCAUGUUGUUCUGUAUGCGGUGGUUCUAUGUCAGCUCGGCCCUGCCGUCUUUCUGAUAUAGUCCGACCAUCUGGCUCGUGGUUUUCCGUCACCUCGGCUUCCCAGUCGAGGUCUCCAGAACAAAACUCGCUGGCCCCAUCGGUCAUCAUCCCUGCGCCGCUACACCGUGGGUUAACUAAACGAAGAUUUUAGAGGUGUUUUCUUGAUUGCAUUUAGAGACUAAAAUAUCAUACAAAGUUUCCUGAAAUCGGUCUUGUUUUAGAGAUAGUGUAAAUUUUGUGAACAUUUAUUUUAUUUCUGUUAUAACAUAGUGAAGACGCGUUUUUAGCUGUGAUGCUUUUGACGACCGGUCUGGCCUAGUGGGUAGUGACCCUGCCUAUGAUGCCGAUGGUCCUGGGUUCGAAUCCUGGUAAGGGCAUUUAUUUGUGCGACGAGCUCAGAUAUUUGUUCCUGAGUCAUGGACGUUUUCUAUGUACCUAUUUAAGUAUAUGUAUAUUAUAUAUAUCGUUGUCUGAGUACCCAUAACACAAGCCUUCUUGGCUUACCGUGGGACUUAUGUGUAUAUAACGAAACUGUACAUAACGAAAGAAAAUAUGCAAUCUAAAAUCCUAAAAUAGACCUCAUAAUCAUAAAAACACCAUCGACCUUGAAGCUACAGCGCGCUGCUUGAAUCACUCUAGCGCAGUCGAUUCAGUAAUCCGCGAUUUUUGCACAGACUGCUCGUAUUUUUAGACACAACGCGUAUAAUAUAUUUAAAAAUAAUAAUUUGUGAUGUACGUGAAACACUAUAGAAAAGCAAAACAUUCAGAAUAGAUUUUCCAAGAUGACGCAAUUCAUCCCGCUAAAUUUAUCAGGAAACAAUUUAGGAGUACGACACCGUCAGUUAAAUACGCGGGUUAAAGAUGCUUUCCAAUCAUCAGUAUCAUUUGAGUCCAUUCAAGAUCUUCCCGAAGCCACACCAGUGGACAGACUUUUCAAGAUCGCCCUUGCUUCAAAAUACAGAAACAUUGAUUACAUAAUCAAAAAUCUAAAAGAUCCAGACAUGCUAUUUGUUUCUAAAGCUCUAAAAUGCACUUGGCUAUUGGAAUCUGAAUACAAAGAUAAAAUAAACGCAAACUAUUUGGAGAAUGAGCUAUUUCCACAGAUGAUGUCAACCGCCGUAUGUAAAAUGCAGCAUUGGCUACAACAACACUUACGUGAUCCCGACCGAUGCAAAGAUUUUUACACUUAUUACAAGGAAAAACAGUUUAAAAUAGCUAUAAAAUUUCUUUGGCAUUGCUCCAACGAAUAUCUACUCGAAGAGUUCAAAAAUAUCAUGGACAGAAUAGGUGUACGAAAUUUGAAAGUACUUAGUGAAAGAUGCCCACAACUAACCAAAAUAUUUUACGAAAAUUUAGAACAAAAACGAAAUGUUUUGAAACAUUACCUUGACGAUGAAAAAUCUUUCUUUUUUAACAUAAAACAUAUCUUGAAAUCUGAUCCGGAAACAUUUUUCAAUGUUGUUGAAAAAUACUUCAAUGUUAUCAAGUUUAAUUCCUUUGGGCCAGACAUUACAAAACACAUAAUGGUCUAUCACAGAAAAAGAUUCUUUUAUAAACCUGAAUUCUACACAGCGUGGUUACUAAACAUUCAUAUUUUAGCCAAGUAUUUAAGCCCCGAGGAAGUUAAAGAGGUUGUUCUAAAAUUAGCAAGAGCCGAGUACUUGGGAAACUGGUUUACUUAUCAAAAGGUAGAACCUUUGAUCAAAAGGCUGAACAAAGACGAAAGAGUGACAUUCAAAAACCUAGUUUUUGUGGAUAAAAAUAUAGGAGAUAAACUUAAAGACUGGCCGUACACUCCGCCUAGCUCACCUAUUAUGAACGAAAUUCCUGGGUAUAGCCUAUUUAAGGACAAAGAACAUGCAUUAUCACACACUUCUCGCUUUAAAACAACAAAACGUGUAAUAAAAAAAAGAAAAGGCCCAAUACAAGAAAACAUUAAGAUACAUGUACGCCGAACUCUACUUGAUGAUUUAUUUGAUCGUUAUCGUUUUAUGAGUUUCGAAGCGACUUUCUCUGAUCUUCGAAAACGUCUUAAAGCUGAGAGUAAUCUACAAAACCGUGAGUUCAUGAUGCUUGUGCUGGUCAGCAAGUCAGGUGGACGCGAAGAAAGUCUUAGAACUUUGUUCGGGCUAUUAUCACAGUAUAAAAAUGAGCCUGUGCAUUUUCGAGCAGCUAUUGUUCGAAGUUUGGUGAAACGUGCCUUUGUGUGGCGUUUACCUGAUGACUUAUGGGAUAACUUGCAGCAAUGGGCGCAUGGAAUGGGUUUAGAUGGAGGCCCCUCAGAAAUUAAUUGCACUGAGGGAGUGCAUGCAACUGUCUUGCGAAAUCUUCUCACCGAUCAGGGAUAUAAUCCAGUUGUUACAAAAUUAUUCUUUGAUAACUUUACAUAUUUUAACGAGUACUCAUUAAGUGCCACAGAACGCAGAUUACUAAGAACUAGCCUACCCAAAUUGCUACUUGAGGCGGCUGUUUCAAAAACGGGAUCUGCAAAACAGACACUUUUGGAGCAAUUACUGAGUACACUUGGUGAGUAUCAUAUUCGCUUUGACAAAUAUCCUGGUGUUAUAGAAGCUAUCGCAACAGCUGUCCAAGAAGACCGAGAUUCUUCUCAAUAUCUGCUCAUCCGCUUAUACAAUGCUGGCGUUGCUCGGAAACAAUUUUUCAAGGAAAACUUUUCUUUACAUCACGAUAUUGCAUCAUACAUGAACGCCCUACGACAUGACAUUUCAGUAAUUCAUGUUGAUAAUAGUGAUGAAUUUCUAGAAGUUGUAGAAAUGGAAGGUUCUUCGAGUUAUCAGAUUUUCUUAAGAAAAUUGAUAAUAUAUUUCGCGGAACCUGAAGGACUGGCAGAGCAGUUCCAUAUAUUUUUCAAACAAUUAGCUGAAACAAAGCCACAUAACUGUCUCGCAAAGCCUUUGUGUUUGUUCGUUGGAAAAGAUUUCAUUACGUUACUAAAAACUUUAGAUAGUGCUCCAAAAAAAUCAGCAGAAAGACGUCUAGCGGUUGCAUUAAGAGCAAACGCUCAUAGCACCCGACCACGGGUGGAUUUAAAAGCCAUCGGUUGGCGAGCAGCAGGAGCUAAAGCAAUAGCUAACUUGGUUUGUGUGAGUCCUAAAAAUCAGUUAAAUAAUUUUGUUAACGAGCUUCUAACCUGGGGACGUACUACUCGAUUGGCAAUUACUUUGACAGAUAAUGAAGAUAUUAAGAUCACUGCGUAUAAAACAAUGGUGGAUUUAAGACCAGGUUUAGCUUUAAAAAUGUUUUUGCGCUAUUUAAAAGUUGGAAAAUUUGGCAGUGAAUUUAUAAUCAUUUGGAAUACUGUGAAAUCUCUUAUUACUGAUCUGGAUCUUGCUAAGCGAUCCAGACUUUGUGAAAACUUAAAGAAUAUUAAAUGUGUGCCAGCUUCAAUUAAACCAGAGUAUUGUGUUCUUGUAUAUCAAGCUUUUACAAAAUUAAACGAACACGAAUGUCCAAUAUAUAAGCCAUCACUUAGCAUACUUUUCAAUAUAGAAAAUAUAUGUUAUGAUGUAAAUAAAUCAUUUUUCUGUAAUCUUGUAAACAAUAUAAUAGUAGAUACUGAGUUAUUGAAUCGUGACCAUUUCCUGAAACAACAAUCGUGUUUAUAUAUUCGGCUUAUCAUAAAGUACAUACUGCUUUGCGAUUCUGAGGAAUCUCAAAAGAUGAGAAUGAAGAGCUUAGAACAUGUUUUGCAACGACUGGAAGAAUAUUGGAAAAUAAUAGAUGAUGAUAAUUCGAAAUGUUUGUUUUUGGACACAGUUUUAGAAGCCUUGAAGUAUAACAAAGUAUUUUUUGACGUUAAGUAUGUCUCGUGCAUGCCUGUUUUUGAAAGAGUUCUUGCUUGGUUACAUGGUUUAUUGACUAUUGAGAAAUGGUUUGAUAUUUACAUUAAAUUACAUUUAACAAUGCUUUAUUACAAAGUGGCUCGAAUCUGUAUUAGUCAGAAACUCGAAUACUUUACUAGUGAUCUUCAAAAUCUUGACAAGGGUAUUGAUAUGUUUGGAAAUGUUUUUGGAAAAUUACUUGCCCGUGGUUAUGAAGAGCUACAAGCUAAAUAUUUUCAAACCAUAAGGGAAAUAUAUAGAGAAGUGUUAAUUGAAUAUUUUUAUAAUAAUUUUGAUUAUAUAUCCUUUGAUCAUAGUAAAGAGAGGUUUGUUAUAGCUGUUAUAAAAAGUAUUUUAGAAGAAAAAGAUGCUAUAGAAGCACAUUUUUUGGCUAGUCAUAUGUUUGUAAAACAUGAAAAGGAAUAUUUUAAAUACGGAUUAGAUUUAAGUGAUAUUAAGGAUAAUCUGAAAGAAUUAAAUAAUAAUGAAUUGCGGUUUUGCCUACAGAUACAAUUUUAAAUGAAAUAUGGCGUUGAUAUUUAUUUUACAUGUAUUGCAUUAGGAAGAAAGAAUACAUUGUAAAUUAAGGAAAAAUAACCAACUCAUUUUGUCAAAAACAAAUGCAUGUAAUUUAAUUAGGUAUUAUUGUAGUUGGAUGUCGGCACCCAUAUGUACAAUUUUAUAUAAAUAUUUUUUUUAUAAAGUUUAGUUAUUGACUGUUUUGCACGCCGUACAAUGCGGCUUGUUCCUUUUAUGAUCUAGUCAAAACGUCAAUAUAUCAGCUAAAUAGCUUCGCUUAUAAUCGUAAUAUCAUAAGAAAACCAUAUUUUCUAUGACGUUCUUAUAUACCAGUCGAUAGUGACCCUGCCUAUGAAGCAGGAGGUCGCAAGCUCUCAGAUUAAAAUCCUGAUAAGGGCAUUUAAUUGUAUGUUCAUCACAGAUAUUUGUUACUAAUUACUAAAAAUCUUAUUUACUGACAUUUAUUUAGUGUUGUCAUCGACAUUGCAUACAUUCACAUUUACAAAGAUGCAUUGGGGUAAUUUCGAAAGCUGGGGAAUAUUGAAAAUAUCUAUCGCUACUGCAGCGCUUACCAAGGCAUCUUACUUACUGUU